CCAAAAACUCAAUUUUAAAGAACGGAUGGCUUUUUCUUCAUCUUCCUCUUUUCUCGUUGUUUCUCUGGCAGUUUUGUUACAAUCUUCAUUUCUCUUUGUCUCUGCUUCAACAAAAUCCAUCGAUGCCAUUUGCCACCGUGUCACGGACAAAGCUUUCUGCGUCCAAACUUUGAACGCAUAUCCUCCUGCGGCUUCUGCCUCCACCACGUUCCAAGCAGCUCAGGCCGCGCUCAGCCUCAGCAUAUCCUAUGCGGGGAAGUCUGCGGGUUAUGCUGCAGCAGCGGCAAAGCAAAAUCCAAACAUGAAGAAGCAGUUUGCGGCGUGUCAAGAUGCCUUCGUGACCAUUACAGCGUCUCUUAAGAGCGCUGCCUCGGAACUCAAGGAAUCCCCAGACACUGCAAACUAUGAUGUCAUGGUUUGUAGGGACAGCACGACGAUCGUGAAGAAUUUGGUCGGGAAAAAUGUAGACAAGGCUUCGAAGACUGUUAUUACAAUGACCCUAAUGAUGGAGAAGCUUCUAGCUAUUGCCGUUGGAGCCACCCUAGCUGUUGGUGGGUAAAGACGACGA